UGCCAAAGGGGAAGUUCGUUUGGAAAUUCGUUCCCGUAAAAGCUCCAAGGAAUUAUGUCAGUAGGGUAAACAAACGAACAGGCUAUUUCCGUGUUUUAUACACUACGACACCUUGGAAAGAGGGACUGCUUACCAAAAGAGUUCAAAUAUUUGCUCAAUUGACAUGUCCACCACCAUCACCAACGCAAAUGGAGUCGUGGUAGUCUCACAGUUCUUUCCGCAAAAUGAAAGAGGCCAAAUCACUGUCCCGGCACCACAAGUUAAACGCGAAGUCCCUUAUUCAGCACCUGCUGAGCCAAGUAAGGUUUCUGAAAUGACAAGGAUAUUCCUGCGCGGCGAGCCGCAAUCCCUUGGGAUUUUACAGAUUUUCAUUGGAAUGUUGUUCGUGUUGGUGAGCUUGACCGCGAUCAUCUCUCCAACCCUGCAUAUCCAGGCACCUCUUUUCCUGGGAGUUGCAUUUGUCAUAUCUGGAUCUUUAUCUGUGGCUGCUCGUAAAGGGAAAAGUCUGGGUAUGAUGAGAGCAACUAUGGCUCUGAACAUCAUCAGUGCCAUUGUUAGUCUGGCUGGAAUUGGAUAUCUCAGUUUACUGCUGGCUACAGCCUCCAGUGACAGAAUCUGUGAUAUUUCACAUUACGAUGAAGAAAACAAUAACACAUGGAGAGAUAGAUGCAUGUGGAUGGCCUGGAAACUGACUAGUCUGAUGUACGGGAUCUGGGGCCUGCUGCUGGUCCUCACGGUGCUAGAAGUCUGUGUUUCGAUCUCUGGCGCCGUCUUCUCUGGAAAAGCCAUUCACCGCCGUGGGAUGCACAGCAUUGUGGUGAUGGUUGAGAACAGACACACCCAAUUCCCAGUGACCAGCGCUGCUUCUGUGUCUGAUGAUGACGUUGCCCUCCUGAACGGCUGCGGUGAUGACGCGGUCCCUGCUCCUCCAGCAUACCAUCCCUGAGGCCCAUCUACUGUCUCUCUACAUGGUGCAGCUCAUUGCACCAUUUCUUGUGGCACUUCUAGCAGCAAAUUACAUUGUGGUUAUAGUAUGCAAAUAUAUUUACGCAAUCACUGAAGCAUUUCUUAACUACUUUAAGCAUUUUUCCCCCCACUAUGCAGAAUGUGUUGUCGUCAUAUAAUGAUUGACAUUGUGUUGAAGGAUUUUUUUCAUUAGUUUAAAAAGCUAAUACAUGUUGGUCUGUCAAACCCUUUCAUGUAGAGCUCAAAUGUUUUACUAUAAACAUUCUGAUUCAUUUAAUCUAUUCCAUUAAAUAAUUGUUUUGGUCUCUCACGGA